AGCAGCCAACAGUCGUUUGUUUACACUUUGUUGCAAUGGCGACCAUCACUGAACUCAAGUGUGCCGUGAGGGAAACGCUGGAGUCCCGUGGUGUGCUGGGCCAGCUGAAGGCUCGUAUCCGGGCGGAGGUGUUCAGCGCCCUGGAUGACCAGCGGGAACCUCGGCCGCCGCUUUCCCACGAAAACCUGCUCAUUAACGAGCUCAUCCGGGAGUACCUGGAGUUCAACAAGUACAGGUACACCGCGUCAGUGCUGACGGCAGAGUCCGGCCAACCUGAAGUUCCCUUGGACAGACAGUUCCUGGCAAGUGAGCUGAAAGUCACAGAGGAUAUGAGCUCCAAGUCUGUACCUCUCCUCUAUGGUUUGGUGAGCCACUUUGUGAACAGUGGUGAUAACAGUGGAAAGGUGUUUCUGCGAGGUUCCUCUCUGCCUGCUACCAGCAACACAGUCCCUGGACCAGAUGCCUAAAAGUUGACACACAUGCACACACUCUUAUGGGAGGAAUUAAGUCACAAAAUCGUCUUGUCCAUAGUUUUUCACUGUGUUUUUACCGGAGUAUAACAACCAUUACGGUACAGAAUAUUUGAAUUCUGCAGGUAAAAAUGCACAAAUCCAUUAUAUUUCUUUAUCGUUGCCAAUGAUCCCAGAUGGCCUUUUUUGGUUAACAUUUAAAUUUACCAGUAGUUUUCUUGAUUUGCCUGAAUUAAUCCGUGUUGCCGUUCUCUCAAUAAUUCAAAGUUGAGAUAAUGUUCCUUGAUGUUUUAUGUAUUUAUAAUAACAAAUGUUUGAUACAUUUAUAUUGUCUAUUAGUUGUUGUAAAAUAAAAGUUUU